CCAUCCAGCCACCCCUCCGUCCCCUCCGUCCCUCCAUCCCUCCUUCCACCCGUCCCACCCUCCCUGCCGACAAAGGGGAGAAGCAGACCGAGCCACUAGCCCCGCCACCGUUCCUAAAUACUACUUUUCAAAGCAAAAGGGGGAAUAAAACACACCGGCAACAGACUGCUCGCAGCGCUGCUCCCCGUUGCGUGAUGCUCUGUGGGUAGUGGGGUUUCCUCUUUGCUCUCCUUUUCCUUUUUUUUUUUUUUGUUCGUGUCUCUCUCUCUUUUUUUUUUUUUUUUUUUUUGUUUAUCCCUCGCACUAAAAUCAAGGCAAGGGAGCGACCAGGUCUGAUGCUUUGUCUCCUUUGUGUUGGCUGCUGGAGAUGAGCCUAGGCUUGACCUGACCAUGAUUCCAAGGACUGGCACUUCUUUUUUACCCCCAGUUUGUAGAGAUCCAGACCUUCUCUUCCCGACUGCCAAGAAAAAUAAACUAUUGCUGAAUUGGGGAAUCUAGGCAGCACCAGCGUACUUUUUCCCUGCAUCUCUCUGGAAUCGUUUCUGGGAUAUUUUCCAAAAUCAUCACAGAAAGCAGGAGGAAUGAACCGGCAGCUAGUGAAAAUUUUGACAACCUUGUUUGCAUUUUUCUUAGAGACAAACCACUUCAGGACGACUUUCUGUAAAGAACAUGAUUCAAGAUCUGGAAAAUCCCCCUCACAGACCCUGUCUCCUUCAGAUUUUUUGGACAAAUUGAUGGGAAGGACAUCGGGGUAUGAUGCUAGAAUCAGACCAAAUUUUAAAGGUCCUCCUGUAAAUGUUACCUGCAACAUAUUUAUCAACAGCUUUGGUUCAAUAGCAGAAACUACAAUGGACUACAGAGUGAACAUUUUUUUGAGACAGCAGUGGAAUGACUCACGCCUGGCUUACAGUGAAUAUCCUGAUGAUUCCUUGGAUUUGGAUCCCUCUAUGCUGGACUCUAUUUGGAAACCAGAUUUAUUCUUUGCCAAUGAGAAGGGAGCAAACUUCCAUGAUGUCACAACAGACAACAAGCUGCUAAGGAUUUCUAAGACUGGAAAAGUGCUGUACAGUAUCAGGCUUACUUUAACCUUAUCCUGUCCCAUGGACUUGAAGAAUUUUCCUAUGGAUGUACAGACAUGUACAAUGCAGCUAGAGAGCUUCGGCUACACUAUGAACGAUCUGAUAUUUGAGUGGCUAAGUGAUGGACCUGUGCAGGUUGCAGAAGGCUUAACCUUGCCACAGUUUAUUUUGAAAGAAGAUAAAGAACUUGGUUAUUGUACAAAACAUUACAACACUGGAAAGUUUACAUGCAUUGAAGUCAAGUUUCAUUUGGAGCGUCAGAUGGGAUACUAUCUAAUCCAGAUGUACAUUCCUAGCCUGCUGAUUGUCAUUUUGUCCUGGGUUUCUUUCUGGAUCAACAUGGACGCUGCUCCGGCUAGAGUUGCACUGGGUAUCACUACAGUUUUGACAAUGACCACCCAAAGUUCAGGAUCAAGAGCUUCCCUCCCAAAAGUCUCCUACGUAAAAGCUAUUGACAUCUGGAUGGCUGUGUGCCUUCUCUUUGUCUUCGCUGCAUUGCUAGAAUACGCAGCAGUCAACUUUGUCUCACGGCAGCACAAGGAGUUUCUGAGGCUUCGAAGAAGGCAAAGGAGACAAAACAAGGCACAGACUAUGACUGUUGGGAAUGAAAGCGUCGAGUCCGUGAGGCGCGUGAAUGGCUUGCGGAGCAAAGAGUCAUCAGCUUACGGGACAGUGAAUCAGAUCGGCAAUUCAAGUUUGAGGGAAGAUGAAGUUGCUCGUGACAGUCGGUUCAAUUUCAGUGGCUAUGGCAUGGGUCACUGUCUCCAAGUGAAAGAUGGCACAGCAGUCAAAGCUACUCCACCUAACCCACCGCCAGCACCACCAAAGGAUUCAGAUUCCAUCAAAAAGAAGUUUGUUGACCGUGCGAAAAGGAUUGAUACAAUAUCCCGUGCUGCAUUCCCACUCGCCUUCCUCAUUUUCAACAUCUUUUACUGGAUUACAUACAAAAUUAUACGGCAUGAGGACAUUCACAAGAAAUAGGCAACUCUGGUUUGCCAGGACUACUCAGCCAAAGUGAUCCACAUGUAAAUAAACAAUGAAAUGUCUUUCUGUCAUUUGGAUUAAAGGUUUCUUUUUCCCCUCAGGACUCUGAAGAGAAAAUGAAAGAGAAAAAGAAUUAUAGAAGGAAAAGUUUAUUGCAUGAAACAAUAUGCCUGAGACCAGUCAAUAAGGGGUCCCUUUAUGUACUCUCAGUGUUCUUCUUCCAGAUUCAGCAUUAAUCAGACAUCUGUAAAUGGGGCCAAAUUUUACCCAACUUUAUCACCAAGAUAUUAUUGUUUGAAACAUAAGAGAAUCAGAAAACAAACAAUCCUCCUAAAGCAUCUACCAAGAGACUGUGGUGGCUACAGUACAGUGAGUUAUAAGAGGACCAAACUUUUUCAGGAUAAUGUUGCCUUUCUAUUUGAAACAAGUCUACUGAGCUACAUUCCAUGACCAUGUCUGUAGUUAGUGGUUUCACCAAGGAGUCCUUCUUUUGUGGGUUGUAAAUUAUUUCUACUGACAGGGGAGAGAAGAUAAAAGAAAAGAAAACAAAGCAAAACAAAUGAACAAACAAAAAACAGAUUUAUACUUUACUAUCCUUGUGGGUGUGCAUUUUAAUAUUAUCUUGCUUUACUAGAAUUGUAAUUUUGAGGUUGAACUUGUGUGUCGUGUGAUUUAUUUGAUAGCUGACACUCCAAAACCAGUGAAACUGCCCAGUUUAUUUUUGUUGGAAUACAGUGCACUUACUUCAUUUUAUUUCUGCUGAUUUUACAUGCAACUUGAGGUGCCAAACUGUAUUUUACCUAUUGUGCUACCCUGUACCACACUACUUAGUAAGAACUUGUUUCCUCAAAGGUGUAGCUCAGUUUAGCAUUGAGUUUCUAUUAUUGCUCUCAUUGUAGCUGCGAUCAAUAGCUCUAUAGGUAAACACAACUUGUUUACAGACCUCUAAUUUAUAUCAAAGUGGCUAUCAUUUUAAAUAUCAUCAAUUAACCUAAGAAUUUUAAAACUGUACUGUGAUUUUCAGAACCUGUUACCUUUUGGUGCCGGAUCUGCGUUAUUCAAAUCCUUGCUACAUGUUUUAAAGUAGAAAAUAAAAUAAAAUAAUAAUUAAAAGAUGGUAUUUUUGCUUACACAGAAGAAGACAACCUGUAACAUAAAAUGAAUCAAACAUUAAAAUUUUACACUUGAUGUAAAAGGGUUUAUUAAAAAAAAAAAAAAAAAGGUUAUUUGUUCAAUUUCAAUAAAGCUAAAUGUGC